UUUUACCUUCCUCUGCCGUUCUCCAUCAUGAAGUCGGCUGCCUCCUUGCUCGCAGCAUCCGCGCUGCUGGGCUGCGCCUCUGCAGAGGUACACCAGCUCAAGCUCAACAAAGUCCCUCUGACUGAACAGUUUUUCUCCCGUAGCAUUGCCGACCACGCCAACGCUCUGGGCCAGAAGUACCUGGGCCACCUCCACCAGCAGGUGUUUGACGAGUCUCCAGUUAACGACCUGGGCCGUCAUGAUGUUCUCGUGGACAAUUUUAUGAAUGCACAAUACUUCUCUGAGAUUGAACUCGGAACCCCCCCUCAGAAGUUCAAGGUUGUCCUUGACACGGGAAGUUCCAACCUUUGGGUUCCAUCCUCUGAGUGUGGCUCCAUUGCCUGCUACCUCCACAACAAGUUCGACUCCUCAUCCUCUUCCACCUUCAAGAAGAACGGUAGUGAGUUCGCCAUUCAGUACGGAUCCGGCAGCUUGAGCGGAUUCGUUUCUCAGGAUACCCUCAAGAUUGGUGACCUGAAGGUCAAGGGACAGGACUUUGCAGAGGCAACCAGCGAGCCCGGCCUGGCCUUCGCUUUUGGCCGCUUCGAUGGAAUUCUCGGCCUGGGCUUCGAUACCAUCUCCGUCAACAAGAUUGUCCCCCCCUUUUACCAGAUGAUUAACCAGGGUCUCCUCGAUGAGCCUGUCUUUGCUUUCUACCUGGGAGAUGCUAACCAGGAGGGCGACUCGUCUGUGGCUACCUUCGGCGGUAUUGAUAAGGAUCACUACACUGGCGAGCUCAUCAAGAUUCCUCUUCGCCGCAAGGCCUACUGGGAGGUUGAUCUUGACGCCAUUACCCUUGGCGAUGACGUUGCUGAACUUGAAAACACCGGUGUUAUCCUUGACACUGGUACUUCUCUGAUUGCUCUGCCAUCCAACCUUGCUGAGAUGAUCAAUGCUCAGAUCGGUGCUAAGAAGGGCUUCUCUGGCCAAUACUCUAUCGACUGCGCUAAGCGUGACUCCCUUCCUGAUAUUACUUUCACCCUGGCUGGCCACAACUUCACCAUUAGUGCUUUUGACUACACUUUGGAGGUCCAGGGAUCUUGUAUUAGUGCCUUCAUGGGCAUGGACUUCCCCGAGCCUGUUGGCCCUCUGGCUAUUCUCGGAGAUGCCUUCCUGCGCAAGUGGUACAGCGUGUAUGACCUCGGCAACAGCGCUAUUGGUCUUGCUAAGGCCAAGUAAACGAACGGCCGACAAUUUCACCCUUCUGCCCACACGUUGCUUGUGUGAUAGCGUGACAGCAAUCGUGCUCCGUAUAUAGUCUAUUAACAAGAAACCCAUUGUCGUUUUUGCUUGUUAUUUGUUAUGUUGGGUUUCCCACUUAAGGGAAGAUGGUAUUGCCACAUACUAGGUAUCUGUUGAUUGUGAUGGACCUCCGGCUCUAUUGUCUCAGAUUCCGCAUGACCUCUAGACUGAACCGGGGGUGUUGCGCUUCGUAAUGUCUGUGAUGCAUUGUUACUGUAUUUUCUUUCUCACCUGGUUGGUUGUUUUGCUACCUAUUGUAGCCCCUAGACCUAUUCUAUUGUCUGAAAUGAGUAUCUUACUCAUCA